AUGUUCCAGCACCAAGCCAACCAGAUCAUCACAACCCAUCAAAAAGACUCUCGUCUGCGUCUUCCUGGAUAUGGCCUCCCUUUGGAUUACUUUCCUGUGGAGAAAAACAUCUAUGGCGUGGAGAGCCGCAGCAUGUUUCCCUCCGCUCUAGAUGAUCGCGAUAUUGAGGAUGGAUACACCGAUCAACCCGCGCAGACGCUCCGAGAGAUCGCUAUGGUGGAGGUGAUGGAAGCUCUGACUGACAUUCCCGAGUGGUGGAAGAAGGUCCACGAUCCAAAAGUUGCAGAAGAAUGGAAGGCCCAAGCCUUCAACAGUGGUCGCGACAUUUCCCCAAACAUGGCCGACUGGAUCAUUGAGGAGCUUCGAUUCAAAGCAAUGGUAUACGAACAGUAUCAAAGCGUGGCGCUCUACAAUGGCGAUGUGACCAAAUCCGAUACCAAUGUACCACCGGAGCUCAUCAAGGAGCUUCAAACGGCCGCCAAGGUACUGGAGUACGAUGAGCCUGAACUUCAGUUCUAUAACCCGGGAAGGCUCGGCAGACAACGAGACCUGAUUGCCAUGGCGCUGUACCCGCUCGUUUACGGCAAAAGUCGCAUCCUGACAGACAAAGUCAUUGGGCUUGAUGAUGCUCUCCGGCACGCUGGACAGGGCGAAGUGAUCCCUAUACCAGGUGACACGGGCAUUACUCGGGAAGACAUGUCCUGGCGCGUAUCGGAGCGAGCAGAUAUCCAAGUCCGGCCAUAUAGCCGCAACUAUCAGUAUCUUCCAUCGGACUGGGAACUAGGCGAUGACGGCCGGUGGCGUAUACUGACAUACAUCAACAACCUGCAUCCAAUCAAGCAUCGCAAUUUAUACAAGAUCAUCGAGGAUGUAUUCAAUUGCGUCAUCAAACAGUGGAACUCCACCAUGACUCCGCUGAAGGAUAUGCUACAUUCACGAACACGCAUUGAAUACCGCAAGGCAGAAUACUAUCCUUUGCCGAAGGAAAUCCUCGAUCAGGCCCCCAAGAUCCAGGGGAAAGAGGCACAAAGUGAAUUCGAGCUCCGCUACGAGGAAUGGCGAAUGGAACAUUAUCGUGCUGUCCAACCCGACGUGGGGAAAUUCGUUCCUUGGGCUGUCCCGAAGAGCAUGAUGUCCAAGCUGCCAGAGGAUCUCCCUGCUGCAGUGCGGAUUACGCGAGGCGUCGACUUGAAUACGGACUACAAGGAACGUGGGCUGCAAGUUAUCACUCGCAUACUGGGUGUAGAUUUGACCCCCGAAAAUCCUGACUACCAAACCGAUUGGCAUGUCGAAGGGCAAAUGAAUGAGCACAUUUGCGCUGCAGGAUUCCUGACUUUCGAAAGCGAGAAUAUGGAAGGCGCCAUGAUGGAAUUUCGAAAUAUCGUGGAUACAGACACACUAGACGAAGUGGAACACGAGCCUAAUGACUUCGUCUGGCUAAAGCAGGUCUAUGGGCUUGAAAACGGCGCGCCGGCAGUCCAGCAAACUGGGUCAAUUCGGUCGAAAAUCGGACGCAUGAUCAUGUUUCCUAGCACGAUACAGCAUCGCAUGACACGAUUCCAGCUGAAGGACAAGACGAAACCGGGUCAUACUCGGAUGCUUGUAUUCUUCCUGGUCGAUCCGAAUAUCCGAAUCAUCUCGACUGCUAACAUACCGCCUCAGAGGUUGGAUUGGACACUGGAUAUGAAGGACGAUGGAAACCUGAAACAGGCCAUGGCCAAGGCAGCUCUGGAGAACAAAGACAAAAAGGGCAACAUGCCCAUGUCCUUGUCUGAAGCACUUGAAACGCGGUUGGAUGUCUUGCAAACGUUGAUCGAUUUUAUGCGGUACCAGCAAGUCGCGUUCGAGUCGAGGGUCCUGAACCUAUAA